GUCGCCCGCUCGCCGUCGCAAGCGCAGCCCGUGUCGCGCGGCAACAGUUUUCCAUUCACGGAAAAAUUGUGUCGCGAGUGCCGCGGGAACCUCAAACUCCAAAGCUUUAGACUUUGUGUCCUUGUUAUCAACGUGAUGGAUAAAGUGCAUGGCGUUGUAUGAGUGCUUAACCAGUGUAUACCUGUACGUUAGUGCUCCCGGCCCACCCUUCCACCACUGAAACCCUACACUUACACUAUGGAGGCGGCAUCACAUGUGUCGGCUCACUGGCUGUCCACCGUCAUCCUUCUUUGCUCCUUCUUAUCCACAAACUCGCUCAACACUAAGAUACACGAGCACAUGACCACUGAUGAGCUUCGGAACGUAUUUCACGUUGAACAUCUCAGCCACGUCCCAGAUUAUCAUUUGGUUCAACUCACACACCAUCUAGCUAGGCGGCACGUCCCCAGCAGUCACCAAGCCAACAGUCACACCGCCAACAGUCACACCGCCAACCUAAACAAAGUGCCACACGAGAAGUCAAAACCGUGGAAGUCGCAAACCAACCCACCUUCUCUCAUAAACGACGAAAUGUUCGUCAAAGCGAAAGAAUACAUAAAAGAUAUAAUCGGGGAUUUGAAUAAUACAGUGAGCGUACAGUUUAGUGUGUCGAAUUCCAGUGAAGUAAGUGACAGUGAUUCGAGUGAAAGUGAUAGGUUACGUGACAAUGAACACGAAGUUGCUGAUCAGGAAGAAGAUGUUCACAAAAUAGAGUUAGAAGCGUUCGGACGACAAUUGAAGUUAGUUCUUAAUAAACAAGAUAGCCUAAUUAAAAAAGAUGGUCUGAAGAUGUGGCGGGCGCUGACGAACGAGUCCCAGCCGCAUGGAGUGCAUUAUGAAGAGCUAAUCUCGGAAAACGACGAGGAAAUAGGUGAGCUCUACCACGAUGACGAAAAUGGUGCAGCUCUACUCAUCAGAAGGCAUCCCAAAAACGGAAAGCUCGUGGUGGAAGGCUCUAUAGGUCACGACCUGGUCAUCAGGCCGAUACCGGACUCCAUGACUAACGCGGCGCAGGAUGACGAGAUGUUCAUGAACCCAGCAAAUAUGGCCGAUAUGGUCUCGAUUGACACGGGCCUGCCAAUUGCUAAGAGGAGAAGAGUCGACCAGGAGAUUUUGAAACGAGCCCUCCAAGGAGCUCAACAUGUCAUCAUUAAGAGGGACCCUGCGCAAGGAGAUCAUCUUAGCGAUUUUGCGUUUAUGGAACCGGACCAUAUAGGCAAGAGAUACAGGCGGAGGCGCUCAACAGAAUCGCAUAGCCGGCGAAAGAGAGAAGCACCCUACGUUAUUUACCCGGAAAUUCUCGUCAUUGUGGAUUACGACGGAUACAGAUUGCAUGGAGGCGAUAACGUACAGAUAAAACGCUACUUCGUGUCGUUUUGGAACGGCGUCGAUCUCCGGUACAAGCUUUUGAAAGGGCCCAGAAUACGAAUAUCUAUUGCCGGUAUCAUCAUAUCGAGGGGUCGAGAUGCCACGCCCUAUCUGGAAAGGAACCGUGUCGGCCGCGACGCCAUCGACUCGGCAGCCGCGCUCACUGACAUGGGCAAGUAUUUGUUCAGAGAGCGACGUCUGCCAGUCUAUGACAUUGCUGUUGCAAUAACCAAACUAGACAUGUGCAGGAGACAAUACGCGAACGAUGCGUGCAAUAGGGGGACAGCAGGAUUCGCAUAUGUGGGUGGUGCGUGUGUUGUCAACAAGAGAUUAGAAAAAGUUAACUCUGUUGCCAUAAUUGAAGAUACGGGUGGCUUUUCUGGGAUUAUUGUUGCGGCGCACGAAGUUGGACAUUUACUCGGUGCAGUCCACGACGGCAGUCCACCCCCAUCGUACUUGGGCGGACCGGGAGCUGAGAAAUGCAGAUGGGAGGAUGGUUUCAUCAUGUCGGAUCUCAGGCACACGGAGAAAGGUUUCAGAUGGUCACCCUGCAGCGUUCAGAGCUUCCAUCACUUUUUAAACGGGGACACAGCAACGUGUCUCUUCAACUCGCCGCAUGAGGACGACUCGCUUCCACGCGUGUUGCCCGGCCGUCUGCUAACUCUCGACGCGCAAUGCCGGAAAGAUAGGGGCACCAGCGCGUGUUUCAAGGACGAGCGUGUUUGCGCUCAGUUGUUCUGCUUCGACGCGGCGAGCGGCUACUGCGUGGCGUACCGGCCCGCCGCCGAGGGAUCGCCUUGUGGUGAUGGACAGUAUUGCAUAAACGGUCAAUGUAUAACCGAACAUGAGAAUAUAAUCCCGGACUAUUCGCAACACACGCCGAGCUACGUACGGCCAGAGACCAGUCCCUUUUACGGAAAUAUUACAAGUUACGGAGACACAACAAAGCCAUACGUACCUAGCACAUCAGCGCCACCUGUUUCAUACCAACAAAACUACUUUUCAAGCUAC